AUGGGGAGCCGGAAACAGACCAGAAUGUUGACCGGGGAUGCUGGAGGAAGUCAUCACAAAGUCUCCGUUUCUCCUGUCGUCCAUGUCCGAGGGCUGUGUGAAUCGGUUGUGGAAGCAGAUCUUGUGGAAGCUCUUGAAAAGUUUGGAACAAUAUGCUAUGUCAUGAUGAUGCCAUUUAAGCGCCAGGCUCUGGUGGAGUUUGAAAAUGUAGAAAGUGCAAAGAAAUGUGUAACGUUUGCAGCGGAUGAAGCUGUAUACAUUGCUGGACAGCAAGCCUUUUUCAACUACUCCACGAGUAAGAGGAUUACUCGGCCAGGAAACACCGAUGACCCAUCUGGUGGGAAUAAAGUUCUCCUGUUGUCAAUUCAGAAUCCUCUCUACCCAAUUACAGUG